AUGGAGAUGAUAAACUUGAAGCCUUCGUUUGCCAAGAAGCUGAACCCAAAUGGGUUUAGUCCUAUGCUCUUGGCGCUGAGAAGUGCGCAGACUAAGCUAGUGCUUCGACUGUUGAAGACAGAUAAAGAUCUGGUUCGCGUCAAAGGAUGGGAAGGGAUGACUCCUUUCCAUUAUGUAGUUACAACCGGGAACUCUAGGCUUUUGAUUAACUUUCUUGAAGCUUGCCCCGAGUGCAUCGAAGAUGUGACGGUUCGAGACGAGACUGCGUUACAUCUUGCUUUGAAAGAAGACCAGAACGAAGCUUUUAACCUCCUAAUCGGAUGGCUUCAAAGGACUCGUAGUACUCACGGUAGUGUCUUUUCCUUUGAGAAAAAAAUGGCGAAUUGGAAAGACGACCAAGACAACAGCCUGUUGCACAUUGCGGCUAAGAAGAAACAACACGAGGCACUCAGACUUGUUGUUAGAUUCCCAACUUUGGUUACACGUAAAAGCCAAGGAUUCGAAAGGUUUGACGGCUCUAGAAAUCAUAAAAGAUGCUAACAGACGAGGCGUAAGCACCAGCACGAGUGACGAAGUCGACACCAAGAUUAAGCGGUUGAAAGUUAGAGUUACGUUCGAAAGAAUAAGAGUGCUGGGAGAUCGUACUAGGCACAAUAUGUCGGUGGACAUGAUCAACACGAUGCUGGUGAUUAUGGCUCUCGUUAUAACAGCAAUCUACCAAUCGUCGUUAAGGCCACCGGGUAGUGUUUGGCAAGACAACGACACCGCCCCGGCCCCGGCCCCAUCAAACAUCACUCAUCACUUGUCCAAUAAAAACAUUUUCAAUACAUCUAUAUCCAUCUUCGGUGAAAAAUCGGGAAAAGCGGGUAAAACAA